CUCUGGGGAAUGGCUUCAGACACAGGUAUCACCUGGAGGGGAUUGUUGAGUACUGGCUUUUGACCAGCCAGAGCUGAGGUGGGGAAAAGUGAAGGACUGCAAAGGGAGUAAGUCCCCCUGGGGAGGGUGUGAAGUGGGAUAGGUGCUACAGAGCAGUCGCUGGAGCCCUGUAAGGCCUGUUUUUGGGCAAUGCUUAGUUUUAUUACACAGCUGAACAAGACUGCAAUCCCAGCAGGAGUGAAUUAUGCAACUGGUCCCACUUUUGCAUGGUAAUACAUGCUGGGCACUCACUGGCUAGUAGCUCAUCCAGUGAAGCACACUGACACAGGUCAUUUCUUCACCAGGACAGCACAAGCAGUUGUGACUCCUUCGGAGCUCUGAAACGUGUCUGCAGAAGACACAUCCUGAGACUUCCUUUCUGCCAGUUGGCUAGCAAAACUCUUGGACACCAAGCCUCAUGGCAAACAGGAAGGUUGCAAUUAUUGGAGCUGGUGUUUCUGGGCUGUUAUCCUUGAAGUGCUGCUUGGAUGAGGGGCUCGAACCUACCUGCUUCGAGAGAAGUAGUGACAUCGGAGGGGUCUGGAGAUAUGAGAAAAAUCCUGAAGAGGGCAGGGCCAGUAUCUACAAAUCAGUCAUUAUCAAUACCUCCAAGGAAAUUAUGUGCUUCAGUGACUUCCCCAUCCAGGAGGAUUUUCCCAACUACAUGCACAACUUCAAAAUCAUGGAGUAUUUCCACAUGUAUGCUAAGCAUUUCGACCUUCUUAAGUACAUCCGCUUCAAGACCAACGUUUGCUCUGUGACAAAACGCCCAGAUUUCUCUACUACGGGCCAGUGGGACGUUGUUACAGAGAACAAUGGGAAGCAGGAGUUGGCCAUCUUUGAUGCAGUCCUAGUUUGCAGUGGUCACCAUUCUGACGCCCAUUUACCACUGCAGUCCUUUCCAGGUAUUGAGAAGUUCAAAGGUCGCUACUUCCAUAGUCGGGAUUACAAGAACUCCCAGGAGUUCUUGGACAAGAAAGUGAUCGUGAUUGGCACUGGGAAUUCAGGACUGGACAUAGCUGUGGAGCUCAGUUACGUGGCAGAUCAGGUCUUGCUUAGCACCAGGCGGGGUGCAUGGGUACAGAGGCGGAUCUUGGAAGAAGGGUACCCCACGGAUGCAGCUUAUGUCACUCGCUUCUUCAAGCUUCUCUUGGACAUUCUGCCUUUCACUAUGGUGAACUACUAUGCAGAACAGAAACUGAAUAAAGCUUUCAACCAUGCCCUCUAUGGCCUACAGCCUAAGCACAGGUUUUUCAGCCAGCAUCCAACCAUCAACGAUGAUCUGCCAAACCGCAUCAUCGCUGGCAAAGUGCGGGUGAAAUCAAAUGUGAGCGAGUUCACUGAAACCGCUGCCAUCUUUGAGGAUGGCACCAGAGAAGACAACAUCGAUGUGGUUAUCUUCGCUACAGGAUACAAGUUCUCCUUCCCAUUUCUUGACUGCCUCAAAGUGGUUGAUAACCAGGUCUCCCUGUACAAGCUUGUCUUUCCGCCUGACCUGGAAAAGCCAACGUUGGCUUUCAUCGGCUUCGUUCAGCCACUGGGGGCCCUCAUGCCUACCUCAGAGCUUCAGGGUCGCUGGGCCACACGUGUGUUCAAGGGGUUGAAUGAACUGCCUUCUACAAAUGAUAUGCUGGCUGAUAUUACCCAGAAGCAGGAAGAAAUGGCAAAACGGUAUGUGAAAACCCAGCGCCACACCCUGCAAGUGGAUUAUAUCUCAUACUUGGAUGAAAUUGCCAGCCUGGCAGGGUUCAAACCCAACCUGCUGUCUCUCUUCCUCACGGAUAUUAAGCUAGCCAUGGAGGUUUUCUUUGGCCCGUGCACACCAUACCAGUACCGCCUGAGGGGGCCAGGAAAGUGGGCUGGAGCCAGAGAAGCCAUCCUGACCCAAAGGAAGCGGAUCACCAAGCCCCUGAAAACCAGGAAUGUGGAGGAUUCUACCAACUACACCUUGGUGCCCCAUUCCUUUAACAUUUUCCUUGGUGCUGGUUUAGUUGCUGUAGCUUUAGCUUGUAUUUCUUUGCUUUUUUAGCCCUCUGGGGAACAGUUUACUGGUGAAAUGAUUCCUACCUGUGGCUUUUCUUCCUUCCUCUGCAUUCAUGGACACUGGAUGUUGGCAAGACACACUCACUUCCAUCACAGGGCAAACUUGUUCUGUGGCAAAACUGAGGCCGUCUCAUCUUCUGCAGCAAAAGUGCAGCCCACUUGUGGCCUGGGAACAUCACUGGGGAUCCUGGCUUUGUUUAAAAAAA